UUUUUGAAGAGAAUCUGAUUCUUGAAGAGGAUUUAGUUCUUGAAGAGAAUCUGGUUCUUGAAGAAGAUCUGGUUCUUGAAGAGGAUCUGGUUUUUGAAGAGGAUCUGGUUCUUGAAGAAGAUCUGGUUCUUGAAGAAGAUCUGGUUCUUAAAGAAGAUCUGAUUCUUGAAGAAGAUCUGGUUCUUGAAAAGGAUCUGGUUUUUGAGAAUCAAAUUCUUGAUGUACAUAUAAUUUCUGAAAAGAAUCAGAAUUGUUUGGAUUUGAUAGUAGUUG